AUGGCGAUGCUUGAUGCUUGUGGUUUUCACCCUGUUAUAGGCAUAAAGGUGUUGGUACAAAAGGCUCUCAUAACUAUUACAGAAUAUGGAAAGUUUGAUAUGCAUGAUUUGGUACAAGAAAUGGCACACUACAUUGUUAGAGGGGAACACCCUAACAACCCUGAAAAACAUAGUAGAAUUUGGAAGAAGGAAGAUGUUCUAAAAAUAUGUGCUAUGGAUGCAAUGACGAACCUUGACAAGAUUGAAGUUAUGUAUGUUUUGUGUUCUAGGAGGGAGGAACCACAACAUGUUCUCCAGGUCGCUGCAAAUAUGAAGAAACUUCGGUGUAUUGAUUUGGGAUUUUUUCUGGAAAAAACUGAAUUGGUUAUAAUGCCAGAAAGUUUUCCACCAAGGGAGCUUUGUUGUCUAACAUUGGAAGACAUCAAUGCAAAACAACUUUGGGAGGGUUAUAAGGAUGAUCAAACUCGAUGGAUUGAGAAGCCUGAUCAAGACACCUGAUUUUGAUGGGAUUCCAAACCUUGAAAGAUUCAUAGUUGAAGGAUCUUCUUUAUUAGAAGAGAUUCAUCCAUCAUUUGGACGUUUGGAAAAGCUUGUUUGCGUACAUAUACAAAAUUGUGAAAAUC